GGGCCGGAUCUGCGCGACGCUGGGGCGGCCGCCAGGGGAGAGCGAGCGCGGCAGUCCGGGUCCCGGUGCCGGUCCGCGAGGUCACGGCGCGCCGGGCACCGCGGGGCCAUGAAGAGGGCGCCAGCCUCGCCGCCCGGCGGGGGGGGCGCCCCCCCACCCGGCGAGGAGGAGAGCCGCCCCUGGACGUCGAGCGAGGUGCAGGCGCUCCUGGCCGUCUGGGCCGACCCCGUGGUCCAGGACGAGCUGGACUCGUGCGUCAGGAACGAGAAGGUCUUCGCCAAAAUACAAAUGCGGCUGCUGCAGAGGAGCGGCAGCAGCCGCAGCGUGAAGCAGGUGCGAGAGAAGAUCAAGCGGCUCAAGGCCGACUACAAGCGGCUCAAGGAGCAGAGCAGGCGCGCCGGCGGUGGUGGUGGCGGUGGAGGAGGAGGAGGGGGGGGCAGAGACGCCGCUCGGUGUAAGCACUUCGAGCUCAUGGACGCGGUGCUGGGCCGCGAGGGGGGCCCGAGCCCCCCAGCGGGCGUCUCUGACUCGCGCGGCGUGGCGGGGGGGGCUGCCGCGGAGCCGCCGCCCGUGAAGUCGGAGCCCCCCUACGGAGAUUCGCGUGACCCGCGCUGCGCCGAGGCAGCAGCCGCUGCCGACUCGCAGUGCGGCGAAGAGGAGGGGGAUGAGGAGGAGGUGGAGGAGGUGGAGGAGGAGGAUAAGAAACCGGAGGUCGUCCACCCCCCGCCUCCUCGUGCUCCACCCCCAAACUCGGCCUCAAGCUCCACAAACACUCGCCGAGGGGUCACGAGACGGCACAACUGGGGGUCGAAGCGCGAACGUCCGGCGGCCUCCGUGUGGGCGCGCUGCGUGAGGGAGUCAGGCGCGCUGCUCGUGCAGGAGCUGCGCGCCGACCGGGAGCUGCGCGAGCAGCAGCUCCGGCAGCUGCUCGACUUCAAGCGAGAGCAGCUGCGGGCCGAGCAGCAGCAGCGGGCGCUCGAGCUCUCGAGCUACAACGCCUCCAACGUGCAGCUCGCGUCCAUCCUGGGCCAGAUCGCCACGGCGCUCGGGGACGCGGCGGCGGCGGCGGUGGCCCGGGACGGCGGUGCGAGGCAGCCCCCGUAGCGGAGGGCUGCAGCCUCGCGUGAUGCGCGCGUGAAUAGGGAACGCACGGCCACUGUGAUUCGUGCGAUGGCGACGGUUUGGAGGAACAUCUGGCAAGAGUGAACGCAAUCAGAAGGUUACGAGUGGCAGUCUCGGUUGGGGUUGAGUUUGCCCAUCACACCACACCUCGUGAAUCAGAAAAAUAAGUACCACUUUGUGGAAGGUCAACAACAGUGGUUGUCUUUGGAGAGACUGACCCCUGCCAUAGGAAUGUAGAAUUCCCAGCGCUGGCUCACGGUCACCAAUAGCGAUGCACACCGCACAGCAGCAAUAUUUUGAGAAGGGAGUUUCCUUUAGGACUUGAAUUUGUAUCGUUUUAAAAAAACGUCAUGUUUAACUUUGAAAACUUGAGCAGCAGCGUUAUCAGGUUGACAGAGUCGAUUAGGCUCUGGUAAAUGUCUGCAAAUCAGCACCGGAUUGUUCAGACCUCAGCGGCGCGGGUGGCGGCUCUGCAGCAACUCGGCGAUGUUUCACGAUAAAGGCCCCGAGUCUGUUGCGUUAAAGUUCCGUGGUUGGCACGCAGACAUCAGGGCAGUUUACAAGUUGUUGGUGAGAGUCUGCAUCGUGUUAAAUUGUGCUAGCACUUGUCCGAUUAGGCUUUAUUGAUGAUGCCAAUAUCAAGAUUGUUUAAUUUUUUACCAAAUGUGCCAACAGUGAUGCUGUACAUGUGACAUGCGCGGUUUAUUAAAGAGGACUGCUCCUAACGUGAUGUUCGCACGUCCGAGUUGUCGUGGCCGGGGUCGUUACGUGGUCACCCCCACGUCACGACGCCGCUCGACGCUCCGCACCACAAACCCGUGGCAGGACGCGAGGCCACGUGAUGACCAAUGCCACCACCGGUGUCAGCUGCCUGGCAACCCGGGAGGGGUAGAGAUGCGCCUGCGUCGUGUGGCAGUGAGCCAGAGCCACCGAGAGAGGGGUCCGUGUAUGAAUGGGACGAUGAGUCAGAGAGCGUUAUUGACUGCAUGUGGGAGGCUCCCGAUGACACUAGGAACUCGGCACCGGAGAAUUGGCGGUCUCCGUUCGUCACUGAAGGCUGCACAACGCGCUUGGUUUAGUAUUUGUCCGAGCAAGUUGUGAAUGAACGAAGGUGCACGAAAGCGCUUUUUUUCAAGCGCUAGGGGAAGAGCAACUUCGUGUUGGGCAAGAGCGCGGUGUUGGCCACCCACCCCUCGUGUGCU